AUGCACACCAUGCAGAGCCGCCUGGCUGCACCCUCCACCUGGGGGCCAUACAUGCUGGCUUCUUCCAGAAGCAGCAUGGAGCCAGGACAGGAUGCUCAAUGUGGAGAGGGGACAAGAGUCAGGAACAUUUCAUGUGUGGUCUAUGAUGGAUCCACUGAAGAUGUUGGCAAAAUAGUAGAUGAGGAAUUCUGUGGGGAAAUUGAGCCUGUUGUUGAUGGCAAUAAGAAGAUGAUACUUGAGGAAACCUGUACCCUUCCUUGUCCAGGUGAUUGUUACUUGAAAGAGUGGUCAGAAUGGAGCCUUUGUCAGCUGACCUGUGUUAAUGGAGAAGAUCUUGGCUUUGGAGGGAUACAAGUCCGAUCCCGGGUAGUGAUCAUUCAGGAAUUAGAGAACCAACACCUCUGUCCAGAACAAGCUUUGGAAACAAGAUCAUGUAAUGAUGGUCAGUGUCACGAAUACAAGUGGAUGGCUAGCCCAUGGAAGGGAUCUUCUCGGACAGUAUGGUGCCAAAGAUCAGAUGGAUUAAAUGUUACAGGGGGCUGUUUAGUGAUGCGCCAACCAGAUGCUGACAGGUCAUGUAACCCGCCGUGCAGUCAACCCCAUUCUUACUGUAGCGAGACUAGAACAUGUGGUUGUGAAGAAGGGUACACUGAAGUAAUGUCCUCUGAUGGCACACUCGAGGAGUGCACACUCAUCCCUGUGGUAGUGAUCCCCACUAUGGAGGACAAAAAGGGAGAUGUGAAAACCAGUCGAGCUGUGAACCCCACCCAGCCAUCCAGUAACCAGUCAGGACGAGGAAGGACCUGGUUUCUGCAGCCUUUCGGACCAGAUGGGAGGCUGAAGACCUGGGUUUAUGGCGUAGCUGCUGGUGCAUUUGUUUUACUCAUCUUUAUUGUUUCUAUGAUCUAUCUAGCCUGCAAAAAGCCAAAGAAACCCCAGAGAAGGCAGAACAAUCGGCUGAAACCUUUAACACUGGCUUAUGACGGAGAUGCAGAUAUGUAAAAUAUAACUUUCCAUUGCAACAACUGGAUUCUACAUUACUGUGUUGAAAUCAGAGGGUGUCCAAAGGCACAGGGGCAUGCUACAGAGUGGAUUUUAGGUGUUUUUGUUUGUUUUUUAAGAAUUGCACCAUAAAGCAAAGAAGAAUGGCUUUCACAAUGCCCAUGGAUAUUCAAGGCAUUAUUGCUUUUCUCUAAACCAUGAGCACAGAGAGUUCUGGCAGAUUGGAAACAUUAAUGUGGUUUUCUGAAACUGUCAAAACCACCCUAGUCUCCAAACCACUAUGGCUGACUUAGUAUUCACAGUUGAGAGCCCUGAUGCCAGACUUACCUUCACCAUUAACCAAGUAUAAUCACUGAGCAUGAAGAGUUUGUACCAAGCUGUCUAUAACUCUUUAUAUUCAAGCAUAACAUAUAUACUCAGUUGAUGCAUAUGUAUUAUUCUGUCGAAUUAUAUUCUUGUUAAAGAGCAUUUUAGUGCUUAAUAAGAUGUUAACUGAGAAGAUUGAACAAGUUCAGGAUCUUGGCAGUUGUGUAGCUUGUGUUAACCUGCAUUUCAGAGGGCAAAAAUUCUCUUGCAAGACUGUUCUAUUAUCACUCCAAAGUAUCUAGGAAGGAAACAUCCUCAGAUUCAGUAUUUUAUAGUGGUUACUGCCUGGAAAAAUGAAUACCUGGUGUAAAUGUUACAAUAUGUUUCUACUUUCUCUAACUCUCAAACUGUUGCCUGCAUCUUUUUUGCUACAUGUAAGGCAAAUUUUUGCACUAUAUUAGUGCAGCAUGAUAUGCACUUAACUAGUAUUGCCAUAGAAACUGCCUCUUUUCAAAAAGGAUGACGAUGCAUCUUGUGCCAGGAGUGUCAAAUAGGCAUUUAAGUUCUUGAAUCCUGAAGAGAGUAGAGUUCAGCUUGGACUGUGACUGGAUGGAAUCAGCUAAUACAUGUACUGUAUACACUGUUUCUCAUCACAGCAACCAUUUUGUAGUCUAUAUCAUGGCAGUAAUAUAAGUGUCUAGUUUAUUGCCCCAUCUACUUAUACAACUGUAGAUUCUCCAGUUGGUUUCUAAUUGUACUUUGAAGGCUGUUUAUGACUAGAUUUUUUAUAUUUGUUAACUUUGUUAAAAAAAAAAAAAAAAAAGUGGUUGCCCUCUCAUCUUGCGUGAAAUAUUCUGAUUAUUUGUUCAGCUAAAAAAAAGAAAAUGUGUUGCUUAUUUUUCCUCUCACUAGCAAAAUAAUUGCCAUCGUAGCUGUCAAUGCAAAACUUUCCAUUUAGUUAGGAUAACUAAAUCUUUACCUUUCAUUAUUCAGCUAAACUCUUAAAAGUACUGGUUAAUGAAGAAUAUCAAAAUAUUUGCCUCACUAAACAGUCAGAUAACUUUUUCUCAACUCUGGUAGUAUAACAGUUCAUUGGCACUCAUUUCUUUACCCUAGUACAUCCCUAGAGCUUUUCACUGUUAUGCUUCCAAGAUGAAGCAUGCGGUACUACCAUUGUAGCUGUCUACACCUGUCACAUACAAGACUCAUGACCUGAGAGGCCUUACUCUACCAGAAUGGCUUCUAGGUGUAGCCUAAAA